AGUCGGAGUAUUUUUCGCAAGCUAUAGUUGAGUGUUGUGGGCGUGGCGGUGGUGUGAGUGGCAGUCCAUUGGCAGCGAAAUGGCUGAUAUUGAAGAGGCGCAGUUACAGAAGCAAGAAGAAGAGCACCUCGACGUUCUAACCAAGUCCGGCCAAAAAACCGGCGUCUCGAAGCCCAGAGGCCACGUUCAUCGCGAUGGGGAUUACCAUCGAGCUGUUCACGUUUGGAUUUUCGCUGAGAGCACACAGCAGCUUCUCCUCCAACGCCGUGCCCUAUGCAAAGAUUCUUGGCCUGAUUUGUGGGACAUCUCCAGCGCCGGCCACAUCUCCGCCGGCGAUUCCUCCCUUGAAACCGCUCGAAGGGAGCUCGAGGAAGAGUUAGGUGUGACACUUCCAAAGGAUGCGUUCGAACUGAUUUUUGUUUUCCUCCAAGAAUGUGUCAUAAAUGAUGGAAAGUACAUCAAUAAUGAAUAUAAUGAUGUGUAUCUUGUGACAACUAUUGAUCCAAUUCCUCUGGAAGCUUUUACACUUCAGGAAGCAGAAGUUUCUGCUGUUAAAUAUAUCUCUUAUGGAGAGUAUAAACUGUUACUGGCCAAAGGAGAUUCAGAGUAUGUCCCUUAUGAUGUUGAUGGACAAUAUGGUCAGCUUUUUGAUAUAAUUGAAAAGAGGUACAAAGAGAACACUGUAGCACGCAGUUUGAGUCUACAAAAGCAAUUAAGUCGUUAUGCUCCCAUUUCCCUGAGUGCAGAGUUGACAGGGCUUACAGAUUCAGAUAAGGACACUCUUGCUUAUGUUGUGAAGGCUGCAAUGGUUAUGGAUGAAAUUUUUUAUCUUCAGUCCUGGUACAGUAAUCCGGUUCUUAGAGAUUGGUUGAAGGAGCAUGCUGGUACAUCGGAGUUAAAUAAGUUGAAAUGGUCUUAUUAUCUGAUUAACAAGAGCCCUUGGUCUUGCCUUGAUGAAGAUGAGGCAUUUUUGACAACUGCAGAUUCGGCAAUUAGGUUGCUUUCUGAAGAAAAUGGGAAAGUAAACAAUUGGAGGGGUCUGGAAUACAGGGCAGCAUUUCCCAUGUCAAAACCUCCCGGUGCUAAUUUCUACCCUCCAGACAUGGACAAAAUGGAGUUUGAAAUAUGGAAGGACAGUCUAAAAAAGGACCAACAGAAGGAGGCAACAGGCUUUUUCACUGUUAUUAAAAGGCACAGCGAAUCUAUUUUAAAUUCUCAUCCACAUGGUAACAAAACUAGUGCUACUCAUGAUCUAUAUAUUGUUCCUUACUCUGAAGAAUACAAGGCUCUCCUUACAAAGGCUGCUGAUUUAUUGCAUAAAGCUGGGAACACUACUAACUCACCAAGUUUGAAGAGGCUGCUACAUAGCAAGGCUGAUGCUUUUCUGUCAAACGACUAUUAUGACUCAGAUAUAGCAUGGAUGGAAUUGGACUCUAAGUUAGAUGUUACAAUUGGGCCAUAUGAAACUUAUGAGGACAAGCUUUUUGGAUAUAAGGCUACCUUUGAAGCAUAUAUUGGAAUCAGGGACGAUGAAGCAACAGCUCAAUUGAAACUCUUUGGUGAUAAUCUGAAGCUUCUGGAAGAAAAUCUCCCGAUGGAUAGUGCAUACAAAUCAAAAGAUGUGAAUGCAGCUCCUAUACGAGUUAUACAACUUAUCUAUAAUGCUGGGGAUGUCAAGGGGCCGCAGACUCUUGCAUUCAAUCUACCCAAUGAUGAACGUAUUGUAAAUGACAGGGGAACAUCAAUGGUCAUGCUUAAGAAUGUUUCAGAGGCUAAGUUCAAGCAUAUUCUUCUUCCUAUAGCUGCUGCCUGUGUUGCUGUGGAACAACAAGAAUUUGUAGAUUUUGAAUCAUUUUUUACUCAUACAAUUUGCCACGAAUGCUGCCAUGGAAUUGGACCUCAUACCAUAACUCUUCCAGAUGGUCAGAAGUCUACUGUGAGAUUGGAAUUGAAAGAGUUUCACUCAGCUCUGGAAGAAGCAAAAGCUGAUAUAGUUGGUCUCUGGGCAUUGAGGUUCUUAAUCUCCCAGGAUUUGCUUUCUGAAAGUUUAUUGAAGUCCAUGUAUGUUUCUUUUCUUGCUGGAUGUUUCCGCUCAGUACGUUUUGGUUUAGAGGAAGCUCAUGGAAAAGGGCAAGCAUUGCAGUUCAACUGGUUAUAUGAGAAAGGAGCAUUUAUCUUGCAUUCAGACAACAAAGUGUCUGUUGAUUUUUCCAAGAUUGAAGGUGCGGUUGAAAGCCUAAGCAGAGAGAUACUCACCAUACAAGCCAAAGGUGAUAAAGAGGCUGCUGGUUUACUUCUCCAGAAAUACAGUGUGAUGACAGAACCACUAAAAAUUGCGCUGAAAACGUUGGAAAAUGUUCAGGUACCUGUUGACGUAGCUCCAACCUUUCCCAUUGCCAAUGAAAUAUUGCAUUGAAGGUAACAGAACCAAGGCACGACAACUUCCUUGCUUGCGCCAUCUUUGAAUCCUCCGGUGAAAAGUUGUUAAAUUAACCUACUAACUUCUGUUUUAAAGUUACGGAAUGCUGUCUCCCCUCUUAUUCUGUACUCGAUGAGAUGCAGUGGCCAAUUUGGCUUAGUGUGUUUGUGCGGAAAUUGAAGUGAAAAUGUUCAUGUGUUCAGAUUUGAGAACAAAUGGGAGAAUUGUCACUUCACGAGCUGAGGUGAACUCAUCGUCAGAAGAGCAUAAGCAAAGGUUGGAGCCCCGGUCGUGAAUAAAUGUAUUGAAUAAUUAGCCGAAUAAGUACCCAUGCCCUGUAUAAUCUGAUGGUUAAUUACAUGAUAACCGAAAAAGGAAAACUGAGAUCAGCUAUUAUAUUGUGCAUACCAGAAAUUGCUCUGUUGCCCAGUCAGGCUAAGGCGCUCACUAAAAUAGAUCUCUACGAAGAAGACGAGUAGCUAAUAAAGUUAGUGAGUAUAUAAAUAUAAGGAUAAAGUACUAAAUUGAUCUCCUACGUUUGGAUGUAAUCAUGUUUUGAUCUUUAAGGUUUAAAGUGUGUUAUUUGAAUUCAAAAAAGUUUCAUUUAGCUUUAAUGUAGUCUCACUCUGAGGUCAAAGUUAAAUAAUUAACGAAAUGUUUUAUGUGACAGCAGUGCAAGGAUAAGGUUGAUAAUCUAAAGAAUAAGUAUAAGUUCUAGAGGUACAAAAUCAACAAUAGAUGUAUCAA